UAUAUGAGACAUCUCUUUCUUGGCCUUGAGAAUUUUCCAUCUUGUUUCAGCUUCCUCUCUCUUGACCCCCCAUAUCAUGAUCUCUUCGCUUGCCUUGAAUCAUGUUAUCUCCCUUAACAAUGAGCGUGUUGUGCUUCCCCUGUUGCAGCAGCAGAGUUACUGAGUAGGAGAACGAGUUGUGACCGCUGAAAAACGCUUGCUUUUCUUCUUUCUUUAGCAGCUUCGAUCAGCCGUAUUGAUUAGGAAUGAAGCGUAUCAGUAGCUCGGAAUCUUCGGAUGUUUGGAUCUCCAUGUGCUCAGGAAAAGGGGAAAAAGUCCUAAAGAAGAGCCAAGUCUACAGCAUAGAGUUCCAGGCAAUGCUCGAUAGUCUAGACCAGGAAGAUCAGUCCAGUGAAGAGGCCGGCCUGAUCACCGAGAAGAAGCGGCGGCUCAAUGCGAACCAGGUGAAGGCCCUGGAGAAGAACUUUGAUAUAGAUAACAAGUUGGAGCCAGAGAGGAAGGCGAGAUUGGCCGAAGAAUUGGCGCUCCAACCGCGGCAAGUCGCGAUUUGGUUCCAGAACCGGCGAGCCCGGUGGAAGACCAAGCAGUUGGAGAGGGACUACAGCCUUCUCAAGGACAGUUACGACACUCUGAAGCUCGAUUUUGAUAGCCUCGAGCAAGAAAAGGAGUCUCUAGCCGCAGAGCUAACAGAGCUGAAGGUGAAGCUUCGUCGAGAAACAUCAGAGAGCAGCAAUCACUGCGAAGUCAAACAAGAAUCGCCCGUCUCGGAAUCCUCUGAAGACGGCAAGCCUGGGUCGUGCAGCGAAUCCCUCAAGGAAGACCCGAACCCGAACCCGGAACUGCCCACUUCGGCGGCUCCGCUCCCUUUCCGACACAGCAACAGCUCUCCGUCGCCGCGGCCAUCAUCUUCGGCAAGAGAAACAAUGGCGGGAAAGGGGUACAAUCAUCAGGUGAGGAUGGAAGAGCAUCAUCAGAGCGGGUUCAUUUCGGAGGAGUCUUGCAACUUCUUCUCGGUCGACCAACCUCCUACUCUGCAUUGGUACUUCCCCUGAAGAUGACACCAUUGAAACCAGCCUAAGUGGAAAUAAUCCUGGCUUCUUCUCCUUUUCUCCGGGGGACCAUGCCUUGCUUGGAAAUUGAAAUGCCAUGCCGUGGUCGAGCUGGAGUUGGUAAUUACUGCAGUCUCCUCCUCCUUCCCUCAAAGAUGGGGAAGUGGAAUUAGAUUGGAUCUCUCAGCAUAAUCUCUGACAAGAACAGAGUCUCUCUCUCUCUCUUUCUCUAUGCUGCGUUUUGUUAACUAAUGAAGAGUAGUAGUAAAUAAAGUUAUUUAAUAAU